GAAUUGUGCUCCCCCUCCCAAUUUACUGACUUCCCCAUAUGCUCAGAGAGGAACAGACUUCAAACAUUAAGCGUGCACUUCAGAAGAAGAACAAGGCACCAUGUUAGUUCUGUGCAGCUGGAGCUUUCUCAUCCUAUUUCUUCCUAAAAGUGUAUUGUGUGACCUCUCCUGUAAAGCUACAAAAUCAGUUGCAGCAACUGAAGGGGAAGAGACCAUUCUGCAAGUGAAUAGAACAGGAAUCACAGAGAUCUCUUGGACUUUAAAGGGACAGCACAUUGCUACAACCAAACCCAAUGAACCUAUUGAAUGGAAGAACCGUCAGUUCAAAACAAGACUGGGCAGCAAACCUGAUGCUUCAUUAAUCAUCAAUAAAAUAACCAGGGAAGAUCAAGAAACGUAUAUGGCAGAUAUGCGAGGCCUGGAGGAGGAAGAUGAUUUCACACAAUGUUAUAAUGUCACAGUGUAUAAAAGAUUAAAAUAUGAAGAUAUAGAAAUAUAUUUCACAAGAGCUGGAGAAACCAUAUGUAAUAUCAAUGUGACUUGUACUGGAAACGAGGGAUCCAAUGUAACCUGGAUAUACAUCUCUAACGACACCAUAGAGGAACCAAACCACACUCUCUACAUAUAUCAUGUCACUCCAGAUCACAGCUACAACUGUUCCCUCAAAAACCCAGUCAGCAAAGUCUUUAGAACAAUAAACCCCUGGACCCUGUGUAAUGAAGGAAAACAGUAUAAGAUGGUGUUGUUGGCCAUACUCUUGCCUGCUGCCAUUGUUAUAUUCUGCCUCUUAAUUUUUUUCCGUUUGAAGAAGAAGUUAAAGACUUUUAGAUUCAGGGACAGGCCAGAUGGCUUUCCUGUCAAUGACACCUCAGAACUUACAAUGGGGCCAGUGGAGAAUCCAUAUUGUGAAAUCCUGGAUCACCCGAUUAAACAGGAGAAGAAAACAGCCCACAGCAGAGUUGCCCCCAUGAAAAAGGACGUAAAAACUGUAUAUUUCAUUUUGGAUAAGUCCCCUAAGGCUGUUCCCACGGAGAAGUCAAAGCAGCAGAAUGUCUCCAUAUAUGAAGUCAUAAAAUCACACUGAUAACGUAAUACAUCAUCUUCUUCCUCCAAGUACUACAAUGAACGUUCUGAUUCUGGAACUCAGACCUUCUCUCUGUUACACUCUCACAUUGCUUACAGUACAUUCAAGAUGGUCUUGGAGUCCAUGAGCUGAAGAAAGAGUAGUUAUAGGAGUAGAACAGCAGAAGACUCAGCACAAACUUCGGGAGCAAGGGAUAAGGAAAUCAAUUCUCCCUGUUCCUUCCCUACUUCCUCUGAUCCCCCUGUUCCUUCCAUACUUCCUCUGUUCCUUUUCUACUUCCUCUAUUUCCCCCCAUUCCUUCCAUAAUUCCUCUAUCCCCCCUGUUCCUUUCCUACUUCCUCUAGCCCCCCUGUUCCUUUCCUAAUUCCUCUAUUCCCCCUGUUCCUUUCCUACUCCCUCUAUCCCCCCUGUUCCUUUCCUACUUCCUCUAUCCCCCCUGUUCCUUUCCUUCUUCCUCUAUCCCCCCUGUUCCUUUCCUAAUUCCUCUAUUCCCCCAGUUCCUUUCCUAAUUCCUCUAUCCCCCCUGUUCCUUUCCUAAUUCCUCUAUUCCCACUGUUCCUUCCCUACUUCCUCUGUUACCCCCUGUUCCUUUCCUAAUUCCUCUAUUCCCCCAGUUCCUUUCCUAAUUCCUCUAUCUCCCCUGUUCCUUUCCUAAUUCCUCUAUUCCCACUGUUCCUUCCCUACUUCCUCUGUUACCCCCUGUUCCUUUCCUAAUUCCUCUAUCCCCCCUGUUCCUUUCCUAAUUCCUCUAUUCACACUGUUCCUUUCCUAAUUCCUCUAUUCCCACUGUUCCUUCCCUACUUCCUCUGUUACCCCCUGUUCCUUUCCUAAUUCCUCUAUCCCCCCUGUUCCUUUCCUAAUUCCUCUAUUCCCACUGUUCCUUCCCUACUUCCUGUGUUACCCCCUGUUCCUUCCCUACUUCCUCUGUUCCCCCUGUUCCUUUCCUACUUCCUCUAUCCCCCUGUUCCUUCCCCAAUUCCUCUAUUACCCUUGUUCCUUUCCUACUUCCUCUGUUCCCCCUGUUCCUUUCCUACUUCCUCUAUCCCCCUGUUCCUUCCCCAAUUCCUCUAUUCCCACUGUUCCUUCCCUACUUCCUAUGUUCCCCCUGUUCCUUUCCUACUUUCUCUAUCCCCCCUGUUCCUUUCCUACUUCCUCUAUCCCCCUGUUCCUUCCCCAAUUCCUCUAUUACCCUUGUUCCUUUCCUACUUCCUCUAUUGCCCCUGUUCCUUCCCUAAUUCCUCUAUCCCCCCUGUUCCUUUCCUACUUCCUCUAUCCCCCCCUGUUCCUUCUUUAUUUCCUGCUUGCACCAUCUCCUGCUGGUGAAUAUGUCUGGGUGGGGUUCACAGGUCUUAGUCUUUAUCCUGCUUUCAGAAUGUUCUACAACCAUCAAUCUGCCAAGGUGGAGCAAGCUGUGCAGCUCUAUUUGUUUAUCUUGAGGUCAUUUCCAAAAUGAUGUGUAAAUGGGCAAUGCUUUUUCAGUAACUGUAUCUACUAAGAGAGUAUCUAAUCAACAAAGUGGAUAUUCCUGCUCUGUGGGCCCAGCUCCUGCAGUAGAAUUCUGGCCAGGCAGAAGAAUGGUGUGUGGCCAAUCCUUGUUCCUUUUGAUAAUGCUGAAUACAAAGGCUAAAAGGACCAAUAAUACCAAGAAAUUAAGAUCUAAUUUAAAAAAUCCGGGCUAUUUAUUGCUUUCUGGUGCAUCUUUUUAUGUUUUUGUUCGUUAUUUAUUGGAGUGAAUUGUGUUCAUCCAACUCUUCUGUCCAUUCUCUAAACAAAGUACCAGUCGGUAUUUGUAUGUCAUUUACAUGUUUGAUGUAGACACCCAUCAAUUGCACAGAGUGCUUAUUUGUGCCCUGGGUACCCCUGGAACUAUAGCAGGGUGACUGUUACCCCAAUGUUUCUAUAUAUCUGUAACCUUGUUAUGAGCUAAGGGGGCCCAGUCUGAAGGCCAGUUAGGGGGAGAUUUGGGGUGAGUGCUUAUUUGUGUCCUGGGUACCCCUGGAACUAUAGCAGGGUGACUGUUACCCCAAUGUUUCUAUAUAUCUGUAACCUUGUUAUGAGCUAAGGGGGCCCAGUCUGAAGGUCAGUUAGGGGGAGAUUUGGGGUGAGUGCUUAUUUGUGCCCUGGGUACCCCUGGAACUAUAGCAGGGUGACUGUUACACCGAUAGUUCCAUUCUAUUCUGUUUCUGCAUUUCUUCAUGUUUUUACCUGUUCAUCCUAUGCCUACAAAUAAACUUUAUUUUUAUAUACA